AUGGGAGAGAUCAACGACUCGCAGCCCGAGAGCGAAGGGCUCUCUCACACCAAAGAAGAUGCAACCACCGACGCUGUUUCCUACUCAAACGUAAACGAUCAUGAAGCUCAAUGUUUCGUGGAAGGGCAGACAGCCUAUAGCAAGCUCUCUGUCACGUCGAUGGUCGUAUUUUCCGGUCUUGCAAUCGGAUCAGAUGGUUUUAAUGCCUCAAUCAUCGGCAACUUGUCGCUGAUUUUCGGCGUACUAUACCCAGGUUUGUCGACCGUCAUGUACUCACGCCUUUCUAAUGCUUUCCUCAUCGGGAUGAUUGUUGGGAUGCUGGGGUUUGGAUACAUAUCUGAUCGCUUGGGUCGAAAGAGCGGUGCUGUGUUGACAACGUUCAUCCUUGUGAUGGGAAUUGCGUUGAGUGCAGCCAGUAGUGGGAAGGACCAACUAGGCAUGUUCUGGAUGCUGGUUAUCAGUCGAGGUAUUGCAGGUGUAGGAGCUGGAGGGUAUGUCUUGGAGUCGUCUCUUAAAUCGUCCUGGGAACUUGCUGAUCAUUUGACUCCCAGAGAAUAUCCAGUUUCUGGAGCUGGAGCAACCGAAGCAACUGACGAAGAUACUGGAACUCGCAAACAUAGAGGCUUCAUCUUCGCCUUGAUUGCGGAUCUUUCUGCAACUCUGGGGUUCGUCUUCGGUGGUCUCGUACCACUGCUUCUGAUUUUGUGCUUUCAUUCUCAUGAGAAGCAUUACAACAUUGUGUGGCGACUCGCGCUAGCCUUGGGUGCCAUUCCCCCUCUCUCCAUUUUCUGGUUUCGAUACAAGAUGGCAGUCAGCACUGCGUACCGCAAGAGUGCUGCAAAGAAACAACGUGUUCCGUACUGGCCGAUUUUGAAGAGAUAUUGGAGGCCACUCCUUGGCUGUUCGAUCAGUUGGUUCUUGUACAGUAGGUUCUGGCUGAUUAUUCCUCACGAGCUGUUUACUGACCCGCACAGAUUAUAUCUCAUAUCCUUUCGGGUUAUUCGCCUCAACUAUCCUCAACCGCUUGAAUAUCGGCUCCUCACUAACAAAAGACAUGGGCUGGGGAACAGUGAUCAACUGUUUCUACAUUCCUGGUGCAUUUAUCGGAGGCUACCUCUCUGA